CCUGCGUGAGUUGAGUUGUUGAGCUAUAAGUUAGUAACCGGAGUUUGUUGUGUACAGCGAGCUCACAAUCAUACUACAUUUCAUACAGAACAACCGCACUGGUUGUUUUAGGAAUUUUGGAGAGGCAUGUCUCCCAAACAUAAUGUAUUUAUUUCACCAGUGUAAAUAAUAUUAGCGAACAACCAAGCUAUCAACGAAGCUGAUGCUGCGGGGGACGUCAGUAACUCGGGAGGGAGUGUGGCAGUGACAGUUCAGCUUCACGAGAAGGCGGGGGAACGUAUGGUGGUCCCAUGUCAGCACCAAAAAUAUUGAGUGGAAGAUGAUAAAGAUGUCUGUUGAUAAAGAGACUGUUCCAACCAGAAGUACGAAAGUGGACCCAGCGCCACCUCUGCCACCCCAGAAACUCUCAGAAUGCACUGGAAGCUGCAACAAUACCACCAAAGUGCCAGAGGUCACCCUGGCCAACCCAGACAGCACUGAUGAUGCUGCUACCUGCCCCAUGCCAGACAGUGGGGCCCAAACCAAGCACAGCAGGUUGGCUGACCCCAACGACCAGACAGAGAGUGUUGGACAGGAGGCCAUGGUGACUGAGCAGCACCUUAACCCAAAAAAUGGCUUGCAGCAGCCCAAACAACACCAGCAGCAGCAGAAACUCUCAAAGCGUCGCAGCACAAUGAAUGCAGGGUUCAAGCAUCCAGCAGGUAAGAGACGACGACGGGCCAACUCUGAGAGUGACUCAGUUCUGCCCACCAACUUCCUGCUGGGAGGAAACAUCUUUGACCCGCUGAACCUCAACAGUCUGUUGGACGAGGAUGUGAACAGGGCCCUGAACGCUGAGACACCCAGGUCCUCCCCCCUGCCUGCCAAGAACCGUGACCCUGUAGAGAUCCUCAUUCCCAGGGACAUCACUGACCCUCUCAACCUUAACAGCGGGAUGGGAGGCAAGGGCCUCCUUGUGUCGACUUUUAAGAGUGGCGGCAGGAGGAGGCACCGCAACAGACACCACGGAGGAGGAGGUGGGGGGUCCUCAGUCUCCGGGUUGGACCUGUCAGAUUCAGAAAGAAGUGGUGAAGUGACCAACACCACUGCUUCUUCUCUGUCUAACCUGGCAUCUGCUAGCGCUGCUUCUGCCUCUGUUUUAGAAGCACCCAGUGUCCCAGCCAUCUUGGACUCCCAGGGUGGUGAUGGUAAAGAGAUCAACCCCUCCAACUGCAGGGAUGAGGCCACGCUCACUGUAUCAGCCCCCCAGGCCCAGCCUCGAGCCCCAGAAGACUCCUCAGCAGCCACGUCCGGAGGCCCAAACCAGCUCACUAGCCGGCCACGCAAACGCAGACGCAACUCUGGUAAAACCGAGCCUCAUAUGGCCCAAUCUACUCCUAUGGCCAAGUCAGGGACAGAGGAGAAGGGCCGUGGAGCUGGGCCCGGGAGAAACGCACAGUCCUCCUUCCAAACCCCAGUGGUAGGUCCCAGGGGGUCCUCCCAGCUACCAGGGGGUCGGCAACAGCAUCCCCACAACCAGCACAAACGACAACAGCACCAGGGCAACAAAAAGAAGUUCCAGUAUGGGAACUACAACAAAUACUAUGGUUACCGCAACCCAGGCUGUUCUGAGGACCCGCGGUUCCAUUGUCUGCGUCCGGAGUGGUUCCAGGGUAAGGCAGUGCUGGACCUGGGCUGCAACACGGGCCACCUGACUCUGUGUAUUGCUAAGAAGUUGCGGCCCGCACGCAUAUUGGGGUUGGACAUUGACGGGGGUCUGGUGCACGCGGCCCGCCAGAACAUCAGACACUACCUGUCAGAGCUGCAGGCCCAGGAGGCCCGGCGAACCACAGGGGAGGAGGAGGAGACCAAUGGGCCGGAAGAAGAGAAGAAGGAGGAGAAGGCAAACAGACAGGAGGAGAGGAAGGAAGACGAGUCACACUCAGGCAAACAAACACACAAACGGGACAAACUGAAUGAAAGAGAGCACAGCAGGGCUGAGAAUGGAAAAGUUGAAAAGCAGGUGAGAAGAGACGGCGUCCCAGCGGAGGCAGCGGAUGGUGUGGUGUUGACACGUCACGCAGAGAGAAGAGCUCAGGAGAGUGGGACUGAGGAGAAGGACUCUGGAGCCCUUGCUGUUGAACUGGUGACCAGCUCUUUCCCUGUCUCCUUACAUAUCUCCAGGGGGCCCAUAGCAGCACCCCCACUCCCCGAAACACCCACCAUACCUCCUGGCAACUUCCCCUCCAAUGUCUCUUUUAUCAAGGGGAACUAUGUCCUGGAGAGUGAUGUUCUGUUGCUGACCCAGCGGCCAGAGUAUGACGUAAUCCUGUGCUUCAGCGUUACCAAGUGGGUCCACCUGAACUGGGGAGAUGGCGGCUUGAAGCGCCUCUUCCACAGAGUGUUCAGACACCUGCGUCCUGGAGGCAUGUUCAUCCUGGAGCCACAGCCCUGGAUCACCUACGGCAAGAGGAAGAAACUCACGGAUAGCAUCUUUAGGAAUUACCACAGCAUCCGCCUCAAACCAGAACAGUUCUCCACAUAUCUGACAUCUGAGGUGGGAUUCUCCAGCUACGAGUUGAUCGGGACGCCUAACAGUUCGUCAAGAGGUUUUCAGAGGCCAAUCUACUUGUUUCAUAAAGGAACAUAAUCUGCCUGGAAGUACAUUGGGUGUGUUAAGUGACAGAAACCCAAACCACCAUGAGACACCUUCAUAUCUUAAUCUCCAGCCUGUAAGCAUAUCUCUCAACCCCAAGCAGACUCAGUCAGAGCUUUCUACAUGCCUGUACAUUGACGCUGUGUUGUUUUGAAGGUAAGGAGUCCAAAACAUGACAAUUGAUUCUAUAAAACGACAAUCUGAUGGCUUGUCUACCCACCAAACUCCACUCCAGAUGAUGAGAAGAGAAGCUUUGGGAAACUCAAUCAUGACUUUGGGUUUUUUGCUCCCCAUGCACAGGCAUUGUGUUCCAUAUUUUUUACUACUGUUUGUACUCUUGUUCAGUCAAGGACUGUAUUUUUCAGUUGGUUCAUCAAUAUAUCCAGCUUUUUAAGGAGAAUGGACAGGCGAAACCCAAUUUGAAGCCUUUACAUAAAGGUUGGAGUCCAAAUGGAACUCAUGUAGGAACAUUUCUCACACUUUUUAUAGGAUCAGUGUCUUCAUUUUAACAUAGGCCACAGAGGAACUCAUUGAGGACAAUCUGACUGACCAGGAAAAGCAGUUUGUUUGUGGAUGAGUGUGGCCUGUCUUCAGUCUGCUCCUGGUCUGGAUUGCAUUCUUUCCUGAUGUCCUACUUUGCGUCCAGGGACUGUUCCUGCCUCUUUGUAUUGGUAGCUGAUUCAAGAACAACUGUCAGUCAGGUGGAGUUGACUAUGGUGAGAGGAUGAUCAAUGUUUUUACUUUUGGCUAUAUAAGAAUGAUUUUAUUUGAUUGUACUCCUUUUCUGUUGAUUACUGUUUUUCUUACUUGUUUCUUUCAAUGGAUUCUUGUCAUGUGUUCAAUAUGAUUAGUUGCUGCCAACUAAUCAUAUGUAGCCUAUACAGGACCUCAGUGGUUUGUACUCAGAUUUGACUUUAAUUGUUAAUCCAGCUCACUUUAACCCAAAUCAAUUCAUCAUAAUGUAAUGUUGUUUACGCUUUGCUCAAUUCUUACGCUUAAUAUUUUGUUUACUAUCACCAGCAGAUGGUCAUAUGCUGGUCUAGUUCUGAUGUUUGUUAAUAAACAAAUCAAUUGAAA